UGAAGAUGUCCAGUCGAUCAUCCGCAUCCUGCCGCGUUUAAUCUGGGGCAUCGACCUCGACGGACCCCAUCUGGUCGCAUCUGUUGGACCAGAGAUGCUCGUCUUCGUUCUUUAGUCAGACGACCUAUACUAAUUGUUCUAUCUAGCGUUUCCGCCGUCUUGGCCAGGGAAGCCAGGGGAGCCAAGCGGACGAACAAUAGUCGAACAAAGUGGAAACAAAGCCAUCAAGGAAUCAAGCCAUGAUUCAUAGGCCGGGCAUCAAAAUUUCGCUGUUGUUCGCUCUUUUGUUCGGGCUCUUCUUCGUAGUUUGUUUCGAACCUUUGUUUUACACGUCGUCUCGUCUCCUUUGGCCUCCUACAACCUUUUCCUAGUCAUUCGAUUCAGUACGAGGACACGCUCAUUGUCCGUUCGUGACUCUUCUAGUUGCUAUUUCUAACUCACAUAGCCCCUGCGCCUCCCGACGCCUCUGACUGAUAAUUCUUUCUGUGAAUGAAUUCGGUCUUCUUUUCUGCUUCUCAUAGAUAUUAUUGCCAACUACUACCUUCUAGUGACUAUUUACUUUUAACUCUUUUCGAUAUUUUUCUACUUAAUUUUCAACCUCUCGAUUUCAAACCAACUUCCGUACUUGAUAUCCAUAUACAGAUCCACCAAAGUGGCAAGCCCUUCUGCCAUAGGCAAGAAGUCAAGAUAUAAAAUACCCACUUCAAAGGUAAUAGUAAGACGGCUCAACACAUGCCGCAACUUUGGGUCCUGAUACGGGCUCUGUAUCCCGCGGCGCUGCUGCUGGCAGCAGCUGCCUCAACAUCAGCCUCUAUUAUUCCCACAGAAAGCACCCGGGUAUUUGAAAGAGCGAGCACCUGCGGAGCGAACUUCUCGCCAUGUUCGCAACCGGGGCUCCCCGCCAACUUCUGCUGCGAGGCGGACGCGACAUGUAAUCUCCUCGCAGCCAACACAACGGUCCUAUGUUGCCCGAAGAACGCCAACUGCGAUACGAUAUCCCCGAUAACCUGCGAUCUCGGGCUCCAAGAUCCUGCUACGAAUCCUUCCGCCGAAAUCAAGACCACGGUGCUGAACGGUAUCUUAACUACGUGUGCCGGCCAGUGCUGUCCUUUCGGGUACUCGUGUAACGGGAAGAAUUGUGUUAAGGACGCGGACCAGAGCAAGAAGCCACCCGUUAAGGCGCCAACGAGUAGUAGUAAGACGACUAGCCCGACGGCGACGAGUACGCAUGGCAGUUCGACAACGGUUGCCGUAAGCGGUGUGAGCUCCGCUUCCGCCUCCGCCUCCGCGGCACCAUCGACACAGACACCAACGACCUCGCCCACCGGAACUGCCAGCACAGUGACUAUUGUGGGCGGCGUUAUUGGCGGGCUCGUUGGUCUCGCGCUGUUGAUCUUAGCCGUAGUCAUGAUACGGCAUCGGCGCAAGAAGACCUUGCGAGAAAAGCAAGCAUUGCAGCGCCAAGACUCAACGUCAUCUUUCGGGAACAUAAUCUCCAACCCCGUGCCACACGCCAACUAUCCCUCUCAAAGGUUAGAUUUCCUCGCUAAGUCCCACCCCACAGGCUCGCCAAAGAGCUACGCGCCGUCCUCGCCAACGGCGGUAGCGAGCCCGAGGUCCCAGAAGACGACGCAAAAGGACGGGUUUAGCGAGGUUAAGGAAUACUACGGGAACACCGGCUUCAUGCCCCCGAACAGCCCGUAUAGCCCGUACGCCCGCCGCCCCGACAGCCAGAUGUCGGACGUGCCCCGCAGCUACCACGCCUCGGCCGAGAUCACCGGGCUGCGGAGCCUGACGCACUGGCCCGGAGCCAACUCCAGCGCCAACUCCACGCCUACCAAGAAGCCUUCCCAGAAAAAGGGCAAGAACAUACCCCUCAACGACCGGGCGAGAGACUUCGCUCCGGCACCUCUGGUUACCAUCACCCCCGCGACGAACGAUGACGGGUUGAGGGACGGGGCGAGGGGAAGGUUCGGCGAGAGGGGACGCGAGAGGUACCCUAGCGAAAGCGAAGGGGAAAGCAUAAAUAUCUUCGCGGACCCGCUGAUGGUUCCCGGUGGCGCGGGCGGCACGAGGCCUGAGAGCAGCGCGACGACGUGGUCGAAUAUACAACAGCGGGCUGAUAACGCGAUACACGGCGAGGGCGGUAAUGGGAGGAGCAAGCUGGGGGAGUCGCCUUUGAGGAGGUGAUGAGUGCUCUGACUAACCAAUAGAAGAUGAAUUAAUAAUUUUUGGCGAGGUUAUUAAGAAUGAUCAUUGAUUCCGGGCAUGGCGUGGGCUGGCGUUUGCUUUUUCUUGUUGUCGAUGCCGUCUGAGCGGAUGACAUUCACUCACAUUUCUUUUGUCGAAUAAGAGAGUGUUCAAGGGCAUAUUAAUGGGAUCGCGGACUGGGAAGACGGGACUUCACAUGAUACCACCGAAAAAGGGCAGGGGGGAAGUUGCAUUAUUACUACGGCGUUAGGGACACUCGCUUGAGAGAAAAAAAUCCCCCUUUUUAUAUUCAUAUUCUCACGAUCUGAUGAGGAGGAUGAGUUGGCUGAACUACUAGGUAUCCGUCUUGUCGUGGCAGUUUGUGUAAAUAUCUAACGUAUCCUCUUUUGAGAGGAGUUGUGUAUCUACUUGGAGCGAGUAGAUUUUAUGAUACAUGCCUCUGAUCAGCUAUCUCGCUCUGCUUCUUGAGUCUUACCCCUAAACCCCGCCUUCCUAGUGCUCCCUUCACAUUGUGGGUAGUAUUAUUGACAACCCCUCAACCGCUGUCGUCAUAAUUCUUAUACAAAGCGUUUGUCUCUUUACUCGUGGCAAUUUUUAUAUUUUAGAAUAGCUACCUAGGUAUUUUAUCU